AGCCUUUACCCCAAUAACAGUGAGUAAGGGUUAACUUCUCCGAGUAUUGUUCUGAGUUUGAAAUACAAUUUUCAAGACUAUCAGAUAUUAGUAAAUAUGUCUGUAGCUUUUGUGCCAACCAGAGGGCCUAGGCAGCCCCCUAGUCCGGCACAAAUACAAAAGAUGUUAGAUGAAAAUAGCCAACUUAUUCAAACUAUUCAAGAAUUUCAGAGUAAAGGAAAGGCACAAGAGUGUAUGCAGUAUCAACAAGUCCUUCAUAGAAAUCUUGUUUAUCUAGCUUCAAUUGCAGAUGCCAGCCAGAAUAUUCAAGCUCUCUUGCCACCUCCGCAAGGAGUUCCCACUGCUGCUGGUGGACCACCUCCUCAUCACAUGCAUGGACCUCAAGGUCCUGAAAUCCCUCCAGGCCCUUGUUUUCCACAACCAGGCCAAGGAGGCUACAGGCCACCCACGAUGCCUCCUCAAGGUCCUCAGCAACCUCAACAAAGACCUACUAUGCCAACUGGUCCUCAACAGUAUAGAUCUGGUCAGGUUUAUCCUGGUCCAGGACCUCAGCAACAGCCUUAUCCAAAUAGUCAGUACCCUAACCAACCACCAUCUCAGGUUUCCUCUUCUCAGAACUACACUGGAGGCCCACCAUCAGGAGGUAGCGCUGGUGGACCCCCACCUUCCGCAGGGUAUCAAGGAGGCUACCCACCCGUCACUAAUCAGUCUGGUUACCCAGGCUAUGGUGGACAACAGCCACCACCUGUUACUCAACAAACUCAAUCUCAACCCCAGCAAGGUUCUGGUUUCAAUCAGCCUAAUCCACAACCUUCUCAGCAGCAGCAAGGAUACCCUCCAGUAAAUUCUCAGACUACCAACUAUGGAGGAAAUUAUGGAGCUCAACCUUAUCCACCAUCUCAACCUGUAACUCAGGCAGGACAAAAUACUUACACCAGUGGUGGUGGAGGUGGUGGUGGUGGCGGUGGCAGUACUGGAUCCUAUUCUGGAGGAGCUGGAAGCGGAGGCAGUGGUUAUCCCGGUUAUCCUCCAUACACAACAGCACCAUCAGCAUCGACACAGACACCUCAGUACCCAGGAGGCCAAUACCCUUAUCAAUAUCCUGGUGGAGGACAGUAUCAAUAUAGACCUCCCCAACAACCACCUCCUGGAGGUCAAUAUCCUCCAUACAAUUAUCAACCUCCCCCUCCUCCACAACAACAGUAAUGUUGUUCACCAUUUGCUUUCAGGCCAGGGUAUCUUUUGCAGCUCUCAAUGUUGCAUAUAUCUAUUAUACUGUUAUUCAAAGACAACUGUAACUUUAAAAUCAUAGUGAUGCUCACUACUUUGAAUGUAAAUAUGACUAUAUGAAUUGUCAUUUAUGUUCAAACAAUCUCAGAUUUAUCAAUUUUAAGAUCCAUUAUUAAUGUUUGUGUAAAUUCAUGAAGUGAUUUGGAUUUCACUAUUGAUCUCACUGAUAUAAAAACAUCUCAUCCAUAGUCUUGCGAUGUAUGUAGCUUAUGUCUUUUCAUAGGUGUACAAAUUUAUCUAAUUUUUUUGGAAAUUUUUAAUUGGUUUGUAUUUUGCUAAUAGAAAUCAAAUCAUCAAGUGAUGUUUUAUCUAAAUUGAUUGAUAAUUAAUAUUUUUAUCUAAUUACAAAUGUUUCUCAAUUCAGUGUUUAAGGAAUAUAAAAAUGCAUUAUUAUGCCUUCAUCAGAACCAAAUAAUAUUUUAGUAAAGUUCAUUGUUUAAAAUAUUUGAUGUUAUAUCUCCUAACAAUGUCCCUAGAAAAUAUCAUAUUUGUAUUUGAAUUAUUAUCAGUAUACCUAUAUAGUAUAUUUUCUAAGCUUGCUCAUUUUCCUUUUUUAUGUAAUAUAUUUGUGAAAUAUUAGCCAUUAAGUAUCAAUACUAGUUUGUUAUAUUUACUGGAAAAUUUUAAUAUUUUUUAUUUUUACUGCUUUUAAUAUCGGAUCAAUAGUAAAAUAAAUUAUUUAGUUCCUA